AUGACUACCACCCAGAAUAUCAAGUCCCGGUUCCCCGACCUCAACUUUGUCAAGCCCUUGCCAGUCGAAAGACACCCGAGGUACAAACCGUUUAAUGUCAAAUUUGACCCACAACAUUUACUCCUACCGAAAGGCCAUGUUAAGGAGACGGGAAGAAAGCAAAUGCUUGUCGAUUCGGUUGUUGACCGCGAUACACCAAUCCCAUUACGAGACGGGCUUCAUGUGUACGCCGACAUCUACCGGCCAGUCUCUUCAGAUGAAACUCAAGUCCCUGUCGUGAUCUGCUGGCGUCCGUACGGAAAGUCUAGUAUCAGCCUCGAUGGGAUUUGGCACCGUUCGGGAGUCCCCAAGGACUGGACUUCCGGGUAUGAGACGUUCGAAGGAUUGGAUCCCGCCGAUUGGUGUAGACGGGGAUACGCGAUCGUGAAUGUCGACGCUCGCGGUGCUCAGUUCUCGGAAGGAACGUUCUUCUUCUGGGGCGAUCAAGAGGCCGAGGAUAUAUAUGACACUAUCGACUUUUUAUCGAAGCAGUCAUGGUGCAACGGCUCCGUCUGCAUGGGCGGGAAUUCAUACUUGGCAAAAGCCCAAGUCAGCUUCGCUUCGAGGCAAUCCCACCCGGCCUUGAAAGCACUGGCUCCUUGGGAGGGAUUUACCGAUAUAUACCGUCAACUUCUUCGCCGUGGCGGCUUUGCAAUGCAAAAUACCUUCAUGUCAAAGUACCAGUGGGGGGUCGCUGGGAAUCAUGAAGUUGAAGACAUGGCGCAAAUGGUGAAGACCCAUGCUUUAUUCGAGACGAAUAUUGGGCUGGGAAUUGAGAAGAUCAAUGUCCCGAUGUAUCUUUUGGGGUCUUUCGCCGACCCUUUCCAUGUCUACGGUUCCUUCGACACCUAUCGCCGUGCAGGUUCAACAAAGAAAUGGAUGCGUGUUCAUGCUAAUUUCGAAUGGUAUGAGAUGUGCGAGCGAAGCUCCAAUGACGACCUGCAACGCUUCUUUGAUCGCUAUUCCAAGGGAAUUAUGAAUGGCUGGGAACAUGAUACGCCUCCCUUGCGUUUGUCUCUUCACGGAUGUGGAUCUAUUCCGAAUAUUAUGGAAAGACCAGAAAUCGGGUUUCCGUUUCUCCGACAAAGCUUGCAAACAUACUAUCUCGACGCUGUAACUAAAUCACUACAUGCAUCUCCACGCGACAGAGGAUCCUCUGCUUGUCACGAUGGGCAUGGUCUUGAGGCUUUCUACAUCGCUCAGAGAUCUAACAAAAAUUACCAGGAUUUUGUUCUGAAGUUUGGUGAGUAUACUGAGAUCGCCGGCUAUGCCAAAGCCCGCCUCUGGAUGUCCUGCAAGCAAAAGGAUGAUAUGGACGUUGUAGUCCAGCUCCGGAAGAUUGAUGGCUCCGCCAAUCUUCUUGAGGGUGUCAACUUCCCCUGUCUGGUACCAGAAAGCGAAGUGCCACCGGCUGAAACAUCUAAACUCUUUGGCCCUCAGGGAUUUCUCCGAGCUUCCUCCUCUAUCUCCCGUGACCAGGCACGUUCAAGCACGGAUUGUCAGGAGAUCUUCUAUAGACAUGAUCGCGCGGAAAAGAUUUCACCCGGAACUAUUAUUCCGUUGGAAAUUACACUGUGGCCUAUGGGAAUGGUUUUCGCAGCCGGAGAAGGAAUCUUGCUUCGCAUUGGAGGCCACUUUUUGAGUGCACCUCCGGUCGUACUUAUGAAACCCCAGGAAUCCGACGAUGAGAAUGUGGGCCAGCAUUACAUACACACGGGAGGAAAGUAUGACUCGUGUCUUGUACUUCCGGUUAUUGCUGGAAGCAGGGCGUAA